AUGAAGGUGAACAUUAAGUACCAUACAUCCUGGAGAGCAAAAAAUAUUGUGUUGCAGAAUCUUUAUGGCAGCUAUGAGGAGCAGUACAAGAAAAUUCCUGCAUUCUGUGAAAUGAUGAAGGAAAAAAUACCUGGCAGUGUAGCUAGUUUCUCAUAUGGAAGCACAAACAACACAUUCUUGUCAAUGACACUCUGCUUCAAGCCUGUUAUAGAAGGAUUCUUGGAUGGAUGUAGGAAAAUCAUUGGAUUGGAUGCUUUCCAUUUGUAUGGGAAGUAUGGUGGUGUGUUAAUGGUUGCAACAGGUCUAGAUGGUCAGAAUGGUUUAGUUCCUCUUGGUAUAAUGGUGUGCAGGAAUGAAACCAUUGAGAAUUGGAAGAUAUUUCUCAAAGACUUGAAAGCUAUACUGGGUGAAAACUUGCAUUUCACCAUUAUAUCAGACAAGCAGAAGGGGAUUAGUGAAGCUUGUGACAAAUACUUUUGCUUGGAUGAGCACAGAUUAUGUUUCAGACAUUUGAUGAAGAAUUUAAAGAAGUAUUUCAAGUCAUACAGCUUACGCACUCAUUUCUGGAAUGCUGCCAAAUGUUACAAGAAGAGACACUAUCAGCAACACAUGGAUAAAUUGUUUGCUGGGGAUGAUAAAGCUGCACUGUAUCUCCUAGAUCAAAAACCUGAAUGUUGGUCUAGGUCUCAUUUCUCAAAUGAUAGCAAGUGUAAGCACAUUAACAAUAAUUUCUCAGAAUCUUUCAACAACAUGGCCAAGCCCUUCAGGGAUAAGCCUAUCAUUACACUUGGACAAAUGUAUGCUAGCCUGGUGGUGGGUCUUUUCUUCAAGAGGAGGAAUGAAUGUGAAUAG